UUUUAGUUGUCUUUGUUGAUUCUGUUGUUUUAUAUUAAGCAAAACUCAUGUCUUAGUCUAUGGAAUGAAAGGAACAACUGCCGAAAUAAAGCUAUAAGUUGUCUAUAUGAGUUGAAAGAAAGACAGUAGGUACAAAUCUAAUCGGAAGGAGAAAGAUUUAAAGUUCUAUUCUUGCUUAACAGUUGAUGUAAGUACUUGUUUGAAAUAAGUUAGAAAUUCACCUCUCUGUUUAUGAUUAUAAAAAUUUGUUUGAUUUAACUAAAAAAAAUAACUUGUUUGAAACCAAUAUUUCACAUCGUGAGACACUGUAUGAUUGUAUGAUUGAAUGAAUUUUUUAUGAUUGACAUAAUCGUGCAGGCAAGGUAAUUUACAUGAUAUACAAUUGAUAUUUUCUCGUAUUGUACGAAUGACAUAAUUGUGAGGGUCUGGUGUGGAGUUGAAGUUGGUCUGAUUCAUAGCCACAAUCAUAGUCCAAUACUCAAGUGGAUUUCUUUUAUGCUUCACAUAUUUUAUGUGGACUAUAUUUGUGAGGGUUUGGUGUGGAGUAUAUAUAUAUAUUGGUUAUGAAGGUUAGGCUACAUGAAUCAAAGGUGUUUAUUUUUUUAUAUUGGUUAUGAAUCAAAGGUGUUGAUCAUGGGUGUCUUAUUGCUUGGUUUUUCCUGCUGGUAGUUUGGUUGUGUUUUGUUUGUUUGUAGGUGUGCUUGUAUUUUAGUAGUUUAGGGAUCUGGUGUGUCGUGAUUAGAAUUGGAGUACUAGUAGUAGUAAUAUGUUGGAUACCAUAAACUAAUUUAUAGUGUACUUAGUGUGAGGAUCAAAGCGUGUAAGUCAAAUGAGAGGUUGAAAUUAAGUUGUAUACUACUGUUAAGUGUCUAGGUAUAAGUGUCUAAUAAUCCAAUGUUCAAGUAAUUUAAGGCUUAGUUGGAUGUGAUAUUAAUGUGUUAUUAUGCUUGUUGUCCUAUUAUUAUUAUUAUUUGAAGUUAAUGUAUGUUUAAUAUUAUGCUUGUUUUCCUAUAUUACUCUUAUUUGCCACUCUCUGUUUUUUAACUGGUUACUUCUGAAUCUCUGUGAAAAACGUGUUUUGUUUUUAAGAUUCUUUGUUAUGUUUUUUAGAGGUCAGGUUCACUCCUCCAUCCACGAUUCAGUCGCGAACUCAAUUCGUUUCCCGGAUUCGGUAAAUGGCAUUGUUGAUCAAUUAUGGUGAAGUUCGGGAAGGUUACUAGACCUAUAUUAGGGAUCAAAUUUGCUCCAGAUCAAUCUGUGGAGCAAUUAGGGGUAAGUGGAGUGCUUGUCUUGGAUGCUCCUGCCACUGGUCCAGCCGGGAAAGCAGAAACUUACCAAACUAAAUUGUUUGAGAGAAAUUCUCAAAUAGGUGAGGGUAGUAACCAACAAUCUGAUGAUAGUAUAUACAUGGAAGUUGUUGGAGGCAUUAACAAGAAGGGACACAUAUUUGGAUUGGGAUCUCAAGCUUCCACUAUCAAAGAAUCUUUGAAAUUUUCUCCUUCAAUUUCUACUGAUGUGGUACAGCCGGAUAAAGUUGCUGCUAUGGAGGCUAAGAUUGAAGCAUUAACCGUUGAACUUGAGCAAAAGAAUCUUGACAAGAAACGUUAAAACAAAAGAUGGAGCAUUGGGAGCAGAUUUUUGGAAGGUUUGUGCCUAGUAUUAAUCAAAACUCUCCGGGUCAACUUGGAAGAGAAGGUGAUAAUGAAAAUUAUGAGAUGGAUACUAAUGAAAAUGAUGUGAUGGAUGAUGAAGAUGAUGUGUUGGAUGAUGAAGCUUAGCUUUAGUUAUUUUCUUUUAUGUAUUUUUCUUAAAUCAAUUAUAUGAAUUUUUGUGUUUUUGACAAUUUUAGGUUUGAUAUUAUAUUUAGUGCAGUAAUGGUGCACUUGAUACUUUGUAAGAAUGACAUACAUUUGGUGUCAAUCGAAAUUUGAUUUUCUCACA